AAGAAGAAAGGGGAUUUGUCCAAGUGAGGCUUUUAAGAUUCUCUCUGGUGUCUCGUGUUCGUUUCAGUUUCUUGGCUGUGUGGCAUAAUUAAAGGAGCAUAUUGAGGUUUAACUCGCUUGGCUAAGCUGCCCGGAAACGGAUACAACCACCAUCAGAGAAGCAUACACACCACCAUUAACCACCUCUCUGAUCAAUUCAGUAACCUCGAUCUCAGCUCAUCACCUCUUCUCAUGGACUCUCGAGGUCAAGCCUACUACCACAGGGCGGCGGCAGCGGCGGCGGCGGUGGCCGCCGGUGAUGCUACUGACGGUGAGGAGCCAGCUGCUGCUGAGCUCGCUCCGAAGGCUGUGAGAUCGAAGAAGAAGCUGGCGGUGGAGGCGCAAGGCGGCGCCGCCGUGCGCGAUGAUCUGACGUGCCCAGAGUGUGGCAAGGUGUUCAUGUCGGACAAGGCGAUGUACGGACACCUGCGAUCUCACCCACUGAGGAAGCACAAGGGGGCGGCGCGCCUGGCGGCGGUGGCGGCGGCGGCGGCCGACGAUGCUUCCGUGGCCGCUGGGGUCAAGCCGAGGCCGUGGAAGGUGCCACGGACGAAGGAGGAGGCUGAGCUCGGCGACGACCGCCACCCGGGGAGGUCGCCGGUGACGGGGAAGCGCGGGCGGCCGGCGUCCUCGGCCAGUAGCAGUGGCAGCGCGCCCGCGCCCGCGCCGCCCGCGUCGUCCAGGCUGCAGCUGGUGAUCACGGAGGAGGAGGAGGCGGCCAUGACUCUCCUGGACAUUGCCUCGGGGUGCUCGCUUGAUCACCAGCCUACGCAACCGGCGCAUGUCGCCGACGCCGCCCUCCUGGCGCCGGCUUCGGACCAGAUGCCAAGCGUCGACGUCGAGCAAGGCGUCCUCGCCGUCGCGGAGCACAGGACGUGGGAAGCUGAGAAGCCUGCGCUGGUCGAACAUGUCUUUGGGAUCGUCAAGGAGCAUGUCGCCGCGGUCGCCGCCGACGCCGAGCCGCAGUCGCCGGAGGCGAAGACGCCAGUGAAGCUGGGGCCUGUGACCGAUCAGGCUGUCCCUGUUCUCGGCGACAAGAACGACGACGGCCACGCCGACAUGCCCGUGUCCCCCGGAGGCGGCACCACCAAGAAGCCUUUGAAGCGAAGACUCCAGGACGUCGAGACGAAGCAUCCCACAGCACCGCCACCGCCGCCGGUGAAGCGCAUCCCGUCGCCGGCGUCGAAAAGGAAGUACGAGUGUUCGGAGUGCCACAAGACGUUCUCCACUCACCAAGCCCUAGGCGGUCACGUAGCGGCCCACAAGAGGCAGAAGAAGAGCUGCGCCGAGCAGCAGCAAGAGGCGGUGGCGGCGGCGGCGCAAGGCUUGGUCGGCCCACCGCCGCCGCCGCCGCCGCCACCGCCGCCGCCCGCACCCGCGCCUGCGCUCGCGCCCGCGCCGCAGCAACACCAGUGCUUACGGUGCCCCAUGGUCUUCCCCACCGGGCAGGCUCUCGGCGGCCACAUGCGGAAGCAUUUUCUCGAGGCCAAGGAGCAGGAGCAGCUGCUCGCCAUCGACAUCGCCAACGCCAACGCCAACGCCAACGCCAACGCCGCGCCGGGGCCGCCGCCGAUGAUGGCCAACGCCGCGCCAGUGCCGCCGCCGUCGAUGGCCAACGGCGCCGGGCCCGGGGUUUACGAUGUUUGA